AUGAUAUGGUGCUCGGUCGACCAGGCGGCGGAGGAGGAGGCGGUGCGAUUGGUGCACUGCUCGCGGGUCUGCCAGGAGGUGGUGGUGGCGGAGGUGGAGCACCGCUCGGCGCUGCUGCUGCUGGCCUACUCGGCGGGGGUGGCACGUUUCUUCCCGGCAAAGACGGUGCGGCUGCAGAUGGCGGAGGAGGCGGUCCCCUUGGUGGUGCUGGCCGGCCUCCUGCAGGGGGCGGAGGCGGAGGAGGACCCGCUGGUGAUGCUGCGGCAGGACGAGAAGGAGGUGCACUGGCUCCUGGUCGAGCGGGUGGCUUUCCGAGACUUGCAUUGA